ACCUCCGCUUAGAGGGGAGCGCAUUUGAAGCUGCACUGUGAAUUUCUCUGCAGCGCAGCCCUGGAUUUCCGUGUAAACACAGUGACUGGACAGUAUGGAUUCAUUCGGGACCUCAAGGGACGGGAACCAAACCCAGCCGUACUCGGGAGGGCUACUGGAAGCGGGCGCGGAGAGCUAUGGACUCGGUAGCCGAGGGGGGUUUGGUACUGGAGCGCCUCCCAGCUCGGUCCCUCCACCCCCGCCGCCUUGGUCCGUCCAGCACGGCCACUGGCCUCCGUUUCAGCCGCCGGUGCCUCCAGGUGGACCCUCUCCGUACUCUCAACCUCCGCCUUUCGACCCCAGCAGACCCCCUCCAGGUUACUUUGGCGAGCAGCAGAUGGGGCCUAGGCCUGGGCCUUGGCCUCUUGCCGCCAGCAGGGGGCAGCAGCCGCCUGGGGCUCAUAGGGGACAGUUUGAUCAGGGGGGCACUUUUACCAAUUUUGGACCUCCACCUCCAGCAUACCAGCCUUGUUAUCCUCCAUCCAGCUCGGGUCCAAAUUUCAGUGUGGAUCAUCAUAAACCUCCCAGCGCUUUCCCAACCCAGUUUUCCUCAUCAGAGAGCGCCUGGCCAGGUGAGUGCCAAAAUAGACUAAACAAAAAACACAGCAGCACCAGGCCGGUCACAUCUGAUCCAGAUGCAAGGCAGAGGGUGCAGGAUGAGCAGUGGAUCAAAGGGUUCUUACAGAGAAGAGGGCAGAAAUCAGCUGCAGCCACUCGGGCUGCUUCAGGACAGUCUGUUUCUGAGUUCAGACAGAAGCUGUACAGUGCAGUUCAGGUUCUCUCUGAGCUCUCACUGCUUUGCCAAACCCUAAAAAACAACCUGGAGAAUGAAAGCGUCUGGACUGAGUCACACUCUAGAGCGGUAGAGCUGAAAAGCAGCCUGCAGGAGAGACUGGCAGGCCUGCAGGACCAGGAGGCCAUCAGCAGGGUGAAGAGGAAGCUGGAACUGAUCAAGAAGAAACGGGCGCGCAUGCACAGGAGGAAAGCAGUGAGGAUGGAGGAGAAGCAGGAGGAGGAGAGGAGAGCUGCAGAGAAAGAGGCAGCUAUAGACAAGUACCGGAUGAAGCAGAUACAAGAACUGGAGGAAAAGAACAGGGAGCGUGAGCUGAAGCUUGCUGCUGACGCUGUGCUGUCUGAGGUGAGGAAGAAGCAGGCAGAUGCUAAGCGAAUGCUGGACAUCCUCAAGGCUCUGGAAAAGCUGAGAAAACUCCGCAAAGAGGCUGCAUCAAGGAAAGGCAUGUUUCCGGAGAAGGUGUGUGAUGAGGUGUUUGAGGGCCACCUGACACGGCUAAGGAGUCUGAUCAGAAAGCGCACGGCCAUCUACGGUGCUGAAGAGAAAGCCCUGAGGGUCAUGCUGGAGGGAGAACAGGAGGAGGAGCGCAAACGAGAGCGGGAAAAGCGGCUGAAGAAAGAAAGAGAGAAGCUGCUGCUUAAGAAACAGGAGAUAGACACCAUGCUGUUUGGAGCUGAACUGCCUCCCGAUCAUCCGCUUCAGCCUUUCAGAGAAUACUACACUCAGGCGGAGCGCUCUCUACCUGCCCUGAUCCAGAUAAGGAGAGAAUGGGAUCAGUUCCUGGUUCCAAUAGAUCAUCCUGAUGGCACGUCAAUCCCUCAGGGCUGGGUUCUGCCAGACCCUCCUUCGGAUGAUUUCUGGGCCUCUGCUCUGGAGAAGUGAACCUGUUACUGAACCAGUUCUGACUACCGAAUCACUUCCAAUUCACUACUGAAUGCUACUGACUGAUAUUGUUAACAGUAUGUGAGUUGGAGUAGGAGUUAUUUAUGUUGUAUUUCUGGUGCACACAUCUGUACAGAUGUCUAAGAAAGUUUAUUUUUGUACUGUGGUGAGUCAUAAGAAAUACAAGGUAACGCUUUUUGAACACUACCUACAGGGGUAAAUGUAACAAUGUGAUACAUGAAGACAUUUUAACAAUACACAGUAAAUCACGAUUUUUAGUUUUCAUUAGGACUGAAAGAUUAACCGUUUUCAUAUUCAAAUCACAAUUUCACGGAGUGCAAUUUUCAAAUCUGAAGAGCCAGAAUUUUUUUUCAUUAUAGCCUAUACUUUAUCAAAAAUGUCUUAAGUUUUAAGUGGGGAAAUAUAACCUAAUAACACAGAGCUUUUAAACUGCCUGUAGAUGAGUUAGGCCAAUCAGAUCCAACCAAACCUCCAUGUGACAGCCAUAAGUCUGCCACACUGCAUUCAGGUUUCAAGCCUCAAGCCAAAAUAGUGAAUAUUCUUGGCCAAAAAAAUUCUUCUUGGCCAAAAAAAAAACAGGCCUGAACCUUAAUUUAUAGAAAAAAAUUGCAAAUUAAAAUUGUAGUCACAAUAUUAGUCAGAAAAAUUAGAUAUUUUCCCCAAAUUGUUUAGCCCUAGUUUCAUGAGGUUUGAUAAAUUGGAAUGCACAAAGAGCCCCAAUCAUGCCACAUUAAAAAUACUAUGGAAUACUAUCAAAACUACAGUUUUUUUUUUCAGCAUAUCCUGCACUGCUACAGUAAAUCCAGGACUGGUUCUCUCUGUUAUUAAACACAUAGUUGGUCUGUGUUCUUUAAGUACUUACAAUAACCAUGACGUGCUCAGAAAGGCAGUAGUUGAGUAUUUGAACAGCUAAUGCUAGUAUUUACGAGAUGGCAUUCUUCACCAAGCCAUUUUUCUUUAAAUGUUCUCAGUAAAUGCUCCAAUACAACACAGAUACUCAAUAUUUGUCAUGUAUAUAUCUGCCAAAAAGAACACAUGAAAAUGUAGAACGUGGGACUAAACCUGACAUUUCCAUCUGCAGGUUUAGAAAAUGCAGACCUUUUAGUAUAUUAGCCCAGCGUCACUUUAACAUUCUGCUCUUAAUACUACAAUAGUAACAUAAUCAGAUAUCAGCCCAAUAUAAACAUCUGAAGAUGUUAUAAGUGCUAAAUGUGUUACCACCUCAGUUACAGGGCAUCAAACUCAUUCAUACUGAUAUACUGUUUGUUGCUAAUAUGUACUGUUUGACGUUUCAUUACUGCUGCAUCAGCUCUUCAUAAAACUCAAGUAUUGGUGUUUAAAUUAUAUUUUAUUGCUAAUGCGUAUGUUAUGACGUCUCUUUGUUUGUAGCAUUCAAAUAAAGUGUUACCAA